AUGACAGCAGUAUCAUUUGAACCCCUUAUCUUUUCCAAGGAAAGAGCAAGAGAGGAAAUUGGGAAGUCCCGGACGCUUGUUGAAACCUUGUUGAAGUUAUCUGAAGAGGACAAAAAAAGUGUCAAGAGGAUAGACAAUGUGAUCUAUGGGACCAGUAUCCCUGUGAUCAGCUGGAAGUUCAACGAAUGGGAUUAUUACAGUAAGAGGAAGAGGUUGCCCUCAUAUGCACGUGGUCUUUUCACCAGCGAAGAUGGUGUCAUUAUGUGUAGAGGGUACGACAAAUUCUUCAAUAUGAAUGAAAUGACGAGUGUCAAGGAGGAUAUUUUGAGAUCAGAAACUACUGGUCCAUAUAGUGUCACUGUUAAGAGUAAUGGAUGCAUUGUUUUCAUUUCCGGUUUGGAGGAUGGUACGUUGAUGGUUUGCUCCAAACAUUCAACGGGAAAGCAUGAAGGCCUGACCAAGAACCAUGCAAUGGUGGCCCAAGAGAGAUUGUUGAAGCAAUUGGCUGAGAAUGAUAUUGAACAGAGCACCCUAGGAGAGCUACUAUAUAGAUCUAACAUGACUGCAGUAUGUGAAUUUUGUGAUGAUGAUUUUGAGGAGCAUGUUCUAGAAUACAAAGAAGAGAAGGCGGGAUUGUAUUUGCACGGGUUAAAUUUGAACACCGUUGAUUUCCACACAUACCCCAUUGAGAAAGUGGAACAAUUUGCCCUAAUGUUUGGCUUCAAGCCAACAAAAUAUCUGAAAUUCAAUACAUUCGAUGAAACACUAAGUUUUAUGAACGAAUGCAGUAAAACGGGUACCUUCCAAGGGGAAGAAAUUGAAGGUUUUGUGAUACGAUGUUAUCGAAACAAUCAAGAUUACUUUUUUAAAUAUAAGUUUGAGGAGCCGUACCAUUUAUAUAGAGAAAUGAGGGAGGUGACCAAACAAUUCAUCAGCGAUGGAACACUUAAAUUUGGUAAGCAUAAGUUGAUUUGUAUGGACUACAUCAAAUAUGUCAUGCCAUACCUUGUGACCGAUGAGAAGUUGAAAGUGAACUUUAUGGACAACAAAGGAAUCAUUGAAUUGAGAAAGAAAUACUUUGAGUCAAAGAAAACAACCGGUAUUCAAAUGGUUAAGGAUGAACUGACCAUGUUUGACCUGGAGGAUGAGAUGAAGAAGCUCAAGUUUGGUGAAACCAAGUCAAAUAGGUAUGUAUUGAUAACCGUUGCAACCAUUGGGUGCGGGAAAACAACCACAGCUGUUGGAUUACAACAGCUAUAUCCGGAACUUAUUUCACAUGUUCAAAAUGAUAAUAUCCAAACACCAGGAAAGGACAAGCUUGUUGAAGCUGCAUUGGAUGUGCUUGCAUCCAAGCCAAUUGUAAUAAUAGAUAAGAACAACCAUAAAGUCCAGGAAAGGAAACAGAUUUUUGAUUCCUUUGAUAAAUGCAAUGAUACGAUUCCAAAGUCAAAACUGAAGUUUAUUUGCCUUAACUUCUUAGAUCACGCCCCAAAGGGUGAUAAACAGCUAUGGGAAAUUACAAGGGAAAGAGUUGUUGGAAGAGGGGACAACCAUCAGUCGAUCAAGGUGGAAACCGAUGGUAUUGGAAAUGCGGAGAAAAUCAUGAGAGGAUUUAUUAGUAGAUUCCAGCCAAUUACUCCAAAUAGACUCCCUGACUCAAGGUUUGAUUAUAUUAUUGAUCUUGAUGUCACUCAACGUGACUCUAGCUUAACUAAUCUGAAAAAAAUUGUGAAAGAAUUAAAAGAAAUAAUCACUGAUGUUGAAUUGGAAGUACCUGCUGAAGAGGACAUAAUCAAAGCAUUUGAGAAGGCGAAAACAUAUAAACCAACUUUUGUCAAAAAAGUAAAGCCAACAAAACGUAAGCCAUCAUAUUUUGGCGCAUUUGUUGAUGCAAACGUCCUAUUAGAGACUGUCAAAUCACGAAACAUUGAUUUUUAUGAAAGACUACUUCAAUUGAAUAGAGUGCAGUCUGACUUUCAUGUCACUCUUGUUCACUCAGCUAUGAGAAGAGAAGGUGAUUUGAAAAGACAAUGCUGGGAAUUGUAUCUCAAUACGUUCAAGACUGGAGUCACCAAAUUUGCCGAUGCAUCAGUUGAAAUCCCAGCGAAUAAUAAAUGUAUUUUGCCUGAUAAUUAUACAAUGGAUAUAGAAUUACAAAGAAUCAUAUGGGAUUCUAAAGUCAUGUGUGUGGAGGUUGAGAUACUUGGAUUCCAUCACAAUGGUGAGAGCGUAGGAUUAUCAUAUGCCAAUGAUCAUGCGCACGUUACUAUUGGAACGAUUGACAAGCAGUUCCCUCCAAUGUUAGCAGGUGUUAUGCUAAGGAAAUACCACACAGGAAAAGAAGCUGACAAUAUCAAUGUCGUUGAGUUAAAUGAGAAAAAAGUGAUGAAGGGUCUUCCCCUGUAUGUCUUUAUGAAUUAG